AUGCAACUGACUUUGAUAUUUGGAUUAAUCGAAAUAACAGUGGCAGGUCAGUUAUGUAUGAACUGCAGGGACUUAAGCAGCCCCCACGAUUGCUACUUGGUGACCAGAUGUGGUAAUCACCAGCAAUGCUACAUUGAAAAGUAUGUUAGACACAACGCCAUUUAUUAUGACUUGGGAUGUAAAAGUAAUGUUGUCUGUAGCAGCAUAGGUGGGCCUCAAACAUCAAUAGUUGGAAGAAGGAAGGUUAUGUUAAAGGAAGGUGCUCCCGAUUCGUUUGAAGUUGAUUUUGAUGAGGAUGACGACGGUAAAUUUCCUGUUUGUGAAUCUUGCUGUAACACUACUGCUUGCAACAAUGGAGGCUCUUGUGGAGUUGCAGGUUAUGAUUAUCACAACGGACGCAUGUGUUUCAACUGCAAAGAUUUAUCAAAUCCCAACGACUGUGACCAAGUUACUUGGUGCGAUCAAGAUAGUACCACGGAGAGUGUAGAAGCAGAUUACUCUAACAAAGCUUCUACAAAGGAAAAUGAAGACAGCAAGGUUACUGCCAACACACCAGAAAAGGAACUUAUCACAGUCGCGGUUGUUGAUGCACCAACCACAGAGUGUAUAGGGGUUUUUGGAGAUAGACAAACUCCCAUACUGCAAAACGCCACUGGGGAAAAUGAUGAAAACUUUAGCAGCACUAAAAUAAAUGCAAAUUCUUUUGCGCCGAAUAAGAGUUUUUGA